CACUCCCGACCCGCAGCCCCGCCCGCCGUGACCCCUGUCUCCCCCACAGGGCAGCAAGCGGCCCGGCCGACGCUCCUACACCAUCUACAGGAACAUGGAGGGGCCGGGCGGGGAGGGGGCCGGGGGCCUGGAGCUGAAGGUGGCCGAACGGGAGGAGCAGACGCUGGCCGGGGACAUGGCCGCCCUGGUGGCCCCCGGCCCACGGGACCGGACCAAAGCCUUGACCUAUGUGGUACUCAGCGCCCUGCUCAUCUUCACUGUGGCGUUCCUGCUGGGCUACGUGGCCCUGCGCGGCAGCUGCCCAUCGUGCGCGGGGCUGCGGGGUGACCUGCUGGCCGUGGUGAGCGACGAGGGGGCGGCCGAGGAGUCGCCGGGACCGGGGCCCCCCCUGUACUUGGCCGACCUGAAGGAAAUGUUCCAGAAAUACCUGCGGGAGGAGAGCAUCGAGAGCACCAUCCGGUGAGCCCCCCAGAGAGCCCCCCGUCCCCACAGAGCCUCCCCAGAGCCCCCCUGAAACCACUGGCCCCCUGAGA